CGGUCCCUCACCGGCUUUCCUGUGAUUGGCGCAGCAUCCAGCAACCGCUCUUCUUCAGCAUUUCACCAUUAGCCAUCUGAUGUCUGUUUCUGUGCAGAUUCCUGCUGAUUGUGUAGUUUUCAAACAGUCGCUGCCCAUUUCCCAUCAUGUCGACAAUGUCACAGACAAUGGAACUUUUUAGGAGAGCAGAGGCUGUCUGUUUUGAUGUCGACAGCACUGUCAUCAAAGAAGAAGGCAUCGACGAACUUGCCAAGUUCUGUGGCGUGGGGGAUGCAGUCACUGAAAUGACUCGUAAAGCCAUGGGUGGGUCCAUGACCUUCAAAACAGCCCUGACUGAGCGCCUGGCCAUCAUCAAAUGUUCUCGAGAACAAGUCAACAAAUUGAUCACAGACCACCCACCACAGCUGACACCAGGUAUCAGGGAACUUGUGGACCGCCUACAUCAGCGUAACAUCAAGGUGUUCCUCAUCUCAGGCGGCUUCCGCUGCAUUGUUGAACACGUGGCCGCUCAGCUUAACAUUCCUCUAGACCACGUCUACGCCAAUCGACUCAAGUUCUACUUCAAUGGCGAGUACGCUGGAUUUGACGAGAGCCAACCUACGGCCGACAGUGGCGGCAAAGGAAAAGUCAUCAGCAUGUUGAAAGAAAAGUAUGGCCUCAAAACGGUAGUGAUGAUCGGAGACGGGGCCACCGAUCUGGAAGCCUGCCCCCCGGCUAGCGCUUUCAUCGGAUUUGGAGGCAAUGUGGUGAGGCCACAGGUUAAAGAGAAGAGUAUGUGGUACGUCACAAGUUUUGGAGAGCUGCUGAAAGAACUGGAAAAGAUUUAAGGUUCUUUCGGUUUUUUUUUGUUUUUUUUUUACUAAUUUACUAAUGUUUCUUUUGCACCUAAGAGCGUUUGUGAUGGUUUUAUCCAUUGUGCAUACAUCGUUUAUGUCAGAUAUUUAAUUAGGGACCAUGUUUACUUUAGUGAGACAGAUUCUACCUUCUACUGUGGUUUUUACAGUCUGGAUUUGUCUAUAUGAGAACAUACUAAAAAUAAUGACUGAAUAUUGUCGCUUUGAAGGUUUUAGUGGUACACGCACUUUUUCUUUUCCAUCUUACAACUCCGACAUUACGGCAAGUGCAAUGAGAGGGGGAGGGGGGGGGGGGGGGACAAAAAGUAUUUUAAAUAUGAACUGAUACAAAUUGUAGUCAAGGAAAGGCUCCAAUGAAUUAAGACCAGAGGCAUUAAACAGUAGAAACUGUUGCUUGGACUUCUUUAAUCUGAGGUGUGGUUAUUUGCUCUUCUCUUCAUAUUUGAGCAAACAAAAACACAUGCGCGGCCUUUUUGGUUCAAAUUGAAUAUGUAGUGCCAUGAUUGCCCAUGAUGGGGCUUAACAACACCCCCUGAAGAUAUCUUAAGCCUAGGUCACAACCGGUCGUACGGGCUCCUACAGCCGGUCCACGUGCAAAAAAACGCACAGAGGGUGCGUGUGUGAUGUGCUGAUUUUCGAGCCGUAGACCGGCCACAGGGUUUCUUUGCCAUGUCAAGCAAUCUCUACGGAAGCUUACAUUUUUUUUUUCAGGUUGCAAGACUAACUUACGCACUUUGUACGUCUUCGUGCGUCGUCCGCGCAGCCAACGUGUGUCUUUCAUCCGUUUGGCCGGUGUCAGGUUUGGGCAAAAUAUCAAUUUUUUUUUUUUUUGUACGUGCGGAAUCCUUAUGUGUGUCAUGUGCCACACGUGCACCCCACAUAUGUAAUUAGUGCGGCCAACGCACGUUCAGAUAUUUCGUAUGUCCUCCAUGCGUGUCGAGAUCUUACUCCUUCAUGGUGACCACAACUACGUUCUCCACGGAAAAAAAACUAAACAAAACAUAAUGCGGCAAUUUGGGCCAAAAAAACGUACGUCCGGUUGUGACCUACGCUUAACUAUGAUAGAUUACUACUGUUAAACAAGGCAUGCUUAGCUCACACAAGAUUUACAAACAAGGAAAUGUCACAAGAACUUCUCAAAAAGGAAACUCGGAGGGGGGAGGGAGGGAGACAGCAAAAGAAAAAUCACAUUUCAGUCAAAUAUAAACUUUUUCCUGAUAUGUUACAAAUGUCGAUACUUAGCAACAGAAAGCCAUAAUCAUGGAGGUCUUAGCGAUGAAGGUGACAAUAAAUAAAA